UAAACUGAACGUAUUUGGGUUGUGGACAAAAGAGGAUAUUUAAGGAUGUAAUCUUGGGCUUCGGGAAGCAAGGAUGGCAUUUUUCACCAUUUUGUGAUAUAUUAAUGACCAAACAACAAUCGAUUAAUUAAACAAUCAAUUAGGCUAAUAAAUAAUCGUCAAAUAAAUCAACAUUCUUGGUAAAUCCCCUGCCCUGGGGGUCAGACUCUACUCCUGGGCUCCAGGAGCUCUAGCUGCGGCCCUGGCUGUUGCGGUGAGCGGGUCAGUUCAGCUCUGUGGCGCACGGGGCGCCCGCUUCUCCGCGGCUCGGUUUGGUUUCCGGGUGAUACUGCUUUUCUCUUCAAAGCAGAGGAAAGUCGGGGGCUCAUGUGUCAACAUCCAGGGUUUCCCCGGGGAGGUGUAGCGUUAACGUUAUUCCAAAAAAACCUAAUGUUCCUUUGAAGACCGUUUUCUUUUUGUUAGUCUAGUCAUCCCCGGACUUGGCGCUUUCUCGGACCGCAGAGACCAGAAAACGAUCUUCGGCUCCUGCUGCUUUGACGUUAGCUAACGUUAUUUUAAACGAUGACAGAGUACAAAGUGCGAAUAGCGUCUCCAAUCAUUUAAUUAUAUCUGGGGACCUGUUAGCUUAGCCAGCUAGCCUGGUAAUUCGACUAGAACAAGGAACCACGACGAAACACACUGCUGACAUGAUGUUUCCUCAAUCAAGGCACUCGGCAUCCUCUCAGUCCAGCCAACCCCUCAAGUUCACCACAUCUGACUCCUGUGACCGCAUCAAGGAUGAGUUCCAGUUCCUCCAAGCACAGUACCACAGUUUGAAGUUGGAGUGUGAUAAGCUGGCGUCUGAAAAGUCAGAGAUGCAGCGCCACUAUAUCAUGUACUAUGAAAUGUCCUACGGGCUGAAUAUUGAAAUGCACAAACAGGCUGAAAUAGUGAAGAGACUGAAUGGGAUCUGUGCUCAGGUGCUGCCUUAUCUGUCACAAGAGCAUCAACAGCAAGUCAUGGGCGCCAUAGAGAGAGCCAAGCAAGUCACACCCCCUGAGAUGAACUCCAUCAUACGGCAACAGCUCCAGGUGCAACACCUGUCCCAGCUGCAGGGCCUGGCCCUGCCGGUGACCCCACUACCCCUGGGCCUCACCCCUCCCACCCUGCCCGCUGUGUCCUCCAGCUCUGGCCUGCUCUCCCUUUCCUCCAUCCUGGCCAACUACUCCCACGGCCAGGCCCAGGCGGUGAAGGAGGACAAGGCCAGGGAAGCCGCGGAGAGAGCGCCCCGAGGAGAGGACGGCGACAAGUCAGACUAGUGCAGACACGACAUGAAGGUUUUGGAGGGGGGAAUGGAGUGUUGAGGGGGGGGAAAAAGAAAGGUAAAACUGUAAAUGGAGAUUGAUGUAAGUCUGGCUGCCUGUCUGCUGAGUGUUGAUGUAGAAGAGUAACUGCAGGGAUGAUAAGAGAAGAGGACAGAAUUGAAACUUUUGGAUGUGCAGAGAACGAAACUGCUGAAUGGCUGAGAGUUAAAUGUUCUUAUUAUUUAGUGAUAAUAAGGCUUCAGGCUUCUAGACAUUACAUAGAUGCUUCUUUUUUUUUUUUUAGUAUAAGCCACUAUUAAGCUUAACCAAGAUAAAUGUUUUCCCAUUUGGUGUGAGAGCUGAGGAUAAAAGCUAACAGCAGUGUCCCUUACAUGGAUCUGCCUCUCACAGGUUUAUAUUUCUUACUUUUUUUGUUAUCAGAUCUGUUGCUUUAGUCCCUCUGAUUGUUUCUUACUGGAUCCUGUCGCCAGUCACAGUACACAGUUUUUACAACAUCUCAGUUCCUUAUAAGUCCUUUACCUCCUCAUUACGUACAACAGCGCCAUCAACUUUUUUCCAAAAUAAAAUAAAAAUGUUGACUAGAGCUGUU